AAAGGGCAAAACCCAAAAGCAUAUUUGCAGCAAAAUUGUCGGUCAUUUGAGCGAAAUAGACGGAGAAUACAGAGUUUGGUAAACACACAGAACGUUGCAGCCUGCGCUUAUUUCGGGGAUUAAUCGUUGAUCCAUUCCCUCUCUCUCUCUCUCUCUCUAUUCACUUUACUUUCUUAAAUUAUUUUUAUUAAUUAAAUUACAUGAAUGAAUGAGAACACCGCCAUCUUUGCUUUCUUUAACUAUAGAUAAGGCCGUGCUUAAUCUCUCCCAUUUCUCCGAUCUUUCCCCUCUCCCUGAUCACAUCCUUCUUGAUCUCUUCCUGAGAACAAUAAAAGCUGGAAAACUGAAUGAGAAAGUUUUAAAGCUGUUCAUGGCCACUGGAAAAGAUGAAGUCCUCAUUCUGAUCCAGACACUUAAUAUCAAGCAUAUCCUCACUCCUGUUCUUCCUACCAAAGACAUCAAAGACAGUGACAUUGACAUUGUCAUAGGAGCACUGCAACCUGACCUGACAUCAUUUUUGAAUGAAUGGAGACCGGUUUUCUCUCGAUUCCACUUGAUAAUCGUUAAAGAUCCUGAUCUCAAGGAGCAACUCAACAUACCAGAAGGUUUUGACCAUCAUGUCUAUACGAAACCUGACAUUGAAAAAGCUGUGGGUGCUUCCAGUACCAUUUUGUUCUCUGGUUAUUCAUGCAGGUAUUUUGGGUAUCUUGUAUCGAAAAAGAAAUAUAUCAUAUCUAUUGAUGAUGAUUGCCUUCCAGCUAGGGACAAUGAGGGCAAUUUAGUAGAUCCUGUUGCUCAGCAUAUUACUAAUCUCACCACUCCAGCUACCCCUUUCUUCUUUAAUACACUCUAUGACCCUUUCCGUGACGGAGCAGAUUUUGUUCGUGGGUAUCCAUUUAGCCUGCGAAGUGGGGUGACCUGUGCAUUGUCAUGUGGUCUCUGGCUCAACUUAGCUGAUUAUGAUGCACCUACACAAGCCCUCAAGCCACAGCAGAGGAAUUCUCAAUAUGUUGAUUUAAUUAUGACUGUUCCAGCUAGGGCUCUGCUCCCUGUCAGUGGAAUUAACAUUGCUUUUGAGCGUGAGAUGGUUGGGCCUGCACUCUUUCCUGCACUGAGGUUGGCUCGGGAAGGAAAACUGAGGUGGGAAACAAUUGAAGAUAUUUGGUCUGGAAUGUGUGCCAAGGUUAUAUGCGAUCACCUAGGCCUUGGAGUGAAGACUGGGCUGCCAUACGUCUGGAGAAGUGAUAAAGGCGAUCCAAUAGAAAGCUUGAAAAAGGAGUGGCAAGGGGUGAAACUGAUGGAGGAGGUUGUACCUUUCUUUCAAUCUGUGAGGCUGCCACGGACAGCAACCACUACUGAAGAUUGUGUAGCCGAGAUGGCAAAAUCAGUGAGGGAGCGACUUGGUUCUGUGGAUCCUGUGUUUAAUCAUGCGGCUGAUGCCAUGUUGCAGUGGGUUAAACUUUGGAAGUCUGUUGGAUCUGGCUCAUCUACUCCUGGUGGUGCUUAGGAGAUAGAUAGUAUUGGCUUUUCUGUUCAUGAUUGUUUUAAUCAUUUCUAGUUCUGGGUAUUUCCACUUUUGCAAUUCUUCCUCAUUAUGCAUACAUAUACUUUAUUAUCCUGAGUUUGGAACAGAAAUAAAGAAUAUUAUGUAGUUAAGAGAGACGGUUAUUAUGCUUUUGUUUAUUUCACUCUUAGAAUGCAAAGCAAUUUGGUUGUUGGCA